AUGCGUCUCAUCGCUCCCUUCUUCAUCGCAACCUCGCUCGUUGGCCGCAUAGCGCACGCUCAAAUCGGAGGAGGAAUUGCAAUAUUGACCGAAGAGCUCGUAGUUGAUACAUUGGAACGUUUCUUCCCCGAUCGUGACGACAUCCCGACAACAGGGUUUGGAGGCUGCGAUGCCAGCCAGGUCAUCUUCAUUACACAGACUGUCCGAGAAGUACAAACCGCCGCGCGAGCAGCUAUUGAUGCCAUCAGGCGGCCAGUUGGGGAAAUGCCGCAGGUCGACAACCUCUACAGCGCGCUGUGGGCCUUGAGUGAUGGGAAUGGCGGAAGAGAUUAUGUGGAUGCCGGGCUUCUCGUGGCUAGGUACCAAAGCUUGCUGGACUUGGAACCCCUGGUUGAUCCCACAAGAAGAAACGUCAUUUUCCACUGUGAUGACAAACUUUUCGAGACACUGCGGCUGAAUGGAAUCGACAACAGCCUUCAGGACCACAGCUCGGCGGGAGGAUGCUCUUCGCAGGCUGGGGGACUUGCGUUCACUCAGAUUGCCAACAGCUUCUUCCGGCAGAACGGUGCACCACAUCUGACGGGGGCACAUGUCGUCCUCUGUGACCCAUUUUUCGAUCAACCAAGUCUGGACGCGGUGAAUCGUGCAUUUACAUGCGAGACGGCGUUUACUCACGGAAGUGUAAAAGGGGUCGAAAACAGCGCAUUCGGAACACUCAUGCAUGAGCUGGCGCACGCACUCAUAGGUGUCCCUGGAAGAGACCUUGCCAAUGGUAUCAGCAGCGAGGUCUACGGCAUUCGCAACGCCCUGGGCUACGGACAAGAGACUCUCGCGAACGCGAUAUUCGGUGAUCCCUCCAACAUCGCAGACAAUUAUCACAUUUUCGCAACGCUGGUGCUGUCGAGAAACAUCAAGUUCGAUUGGAGCAACCAAGGGAUUGCAAUACGUCCGGUCAGCGAAGACCUGGAUGAGAACGAGGCUGUGAAGCAGAAAAUCAAAGCCAUCAACGAGUGUGUGGAUGAACCUGAUAACAACGACGCGGGCUUGACGCGCAUCCCUGUUCCACCGUGA